CUGACUCGACGCAACGGGCUCUUAGCUUCGUGAAGAUUUUGCAGCCGCAAACAAUAGAGAGAAGUUCUAGCUUUGACUUUCCUGGCUAUCUUGAAGCGCCUGAACAGCGAGAAAUUUGCAGCGAUGCUCAAAGGAUCUAUCGCGCACAUUGGAUCCAUGAAUGUCAAUACAUUCUCUGGAAAUGCUUCUCCCUAUCUAGUAAUUAGGGCUCCAAUGCGCAUACAUGUUAGGCAAUGUAAACAUGAAAAGCAGGGCCGAUCUGCAAUCUGCAGUGACAGAAUGUGUGUAAGGAUGCAGCUUGGAAUCCGGAAUACUGGAUCUGGACGCGGCAGAUAUGCGCUGCCGCAUUGCAACACAGCAGCCACAAUACCUGAAAUGAAACGCGGUACUCCGAAGAUUGUGGGCGUCGUACAGGAGACGUCGUCGAGCAGGAAACACUGCGAUUGGCACAACCAAAAAAGCUUGUGGAUUUGUCGCAUUUUGGGCUACAAACAUGACAUCGACACAAGGAAAUUACGCUACACGUGCAGACACGCGGCGGCAUUCCUGAUGCGAGCACGAUUGACACAUUGCAUCCGCCUGCUUGACAUGUAUGAGCCAUUUUUCGUCGAAUCCCACGACCCAGGCUGGACACCGCUUUGUACCAUGGCACCGGUGACGCUCAAGACAGCAAUAUUCUUGCCUGAGCCUGACAUCGGCGAACGACCAGAGUCGGGUGAAGCGUGGGAAGCACGUGUUUGACACGGAUGCAGAGCCCCUCUGGAACACAAUGCACUGCCUUGAAGGAAUAUCAUUUCUUAUUCUGGGAACUUGUAUAAAUCGCUCAGUCUCACUGCACCUAUGCUUGCUCUUAC